CAUCUCGAGUCAACCAUUUGCGCUCCACAUAGCAACCGCUCUGACCGCCCGAGAGAUAGCCAUCAUGCCUGCGAUCAACAACGCCAUUGUCGCUCGCGACACCAUCAGCCGCAUCGUCCCCCGUGAGAACUGGGCUCAACAAGAAGCUGGUGUGGUCGUCGUGUUCUGCAUCGUUUUCGUCGUCGGUGUCGGUCUAAUCGGUCUAUGGAUAUCCAAGUGGCUCGCGAAGCGAAGAGCCUCAAAGGCUGCGCUACCCGCGUAGAUGAUAAAUGAGAAUGGAGGGAAGUCCGGGGGAAGGAGGGGGGGCUACGAAUGACGGAACGAGACGUUAAUACCAUGUUACCGAUUUUUUGGUUCAGCAAUGCGUCUAUCCCUCGCAGAUGCCUUGGUCAAUCAUGUUCUUAUGCGAGACGACCUGGGAAUUCUGAGAUUGACGGUGGUCCAAGAAUGUCAGUUAUGUUUCGCGUUACGUGCUUAACAGUACCACUUGACAAGCUCUGAUCAGAAGAUGCUAGUCUCGAUAGAGUGCGA